AUGGAGUCGAUCUCGCCGGUGUACUCAGCGGCCACAGGGCCGGAGAGACGCUACUCUCCACCAUGGGCUGACCUGAGUAUCAUCGGUAUUGCUGGUAGUUCCGGCUCUGGAAAGACCUCUGUUGCGAUGGAGAUUGUCAAGUCCUUGAAUCUGCCCUGGGUGGUCAUUCUCGUAAUGGAUUCGUUCUACAAAAGCUUGACUCCGGAGCAGCAUGCCAAAGCACACGCGAACCAGUUUGAUUUUGAUAGUCCAGACUCGAUCGAUUUCAAUGCUUUGGUGCAAUGCCUCCGAGAUCUCAAGCAAGGAAAGAAGGUAGACAUUCCUGUCUAUUCGUUCGUUGAACAUCAACGGCAAAGGCAUACCACGCCUUUAUACUCGCCCCAUGUUUUGAUCCUCGAGGGCAUUCUAGCUCUUCACGAUCCGCGGAUCAUGGACCUACUAGAUGUGAAAAUCUUCGUAGAGGCGGAUAUGGACGUUUGUUUAGGACGCAGAGUUCUACGUGACGUCAAGGAACGAGGCCGAGACAUUGAUGGAAUCAUCAAGCAGUGGUUCAACUUUGUCAAGCCUUCAUACAAGAAAUUCGUUGAGCCCCAGCGGUCAGUUUCAGACAUUAUAAUUCCACGAGGCAUCGAGAACAAAACAGCCAUUGGCAUGGUUGUACAACAUAUACAACGAAAGCUCGAAGAAAAGUCAGAGAAGCACAGUGCAACCCUCCAGGAGCUCCGGCUCAUUGCGUCAGAGGAAAAGCUUUCGCCUAAUGUCGUGAUCAUGCCGCAAACACCACAAUUUGUUGGCAUGCAUACAAUCCUUCAAAACCCAGAUACGGAGCAAGUCGACUUUGUGUUCUACUUUGACAGGCUGGCUUCGUUACUCAUUGAGAAGGCCCUAGACGGUACAACAUAUACUGCCAAGGAAGUCGAGACACCUCAACACAACAAAUACAACGGCCUAGGCCAAGAAGGCAUCGUAUCCGCCGUCGCAAUCUUACGGGGCGGUUCAUGCCUCGAAACAGCUCUCAAGCGGACAAUCCCUGAUUGCAUCACGGGCCGCGUGCUCAUCCAAACGAACGAGCGCAACGAAGAGCCCGAGUUACAUUACCUCAAACUACCUCCCGGCAUUGAGCAGCACUCUACCGUCAUGCUCCUUGACCCGCAAAUGUCCAGCGGAGGGGCCGCUCUUAUGGCGGUCCGUGUCUUGAUUGACCACGGUGUUGUAGAGGAGAGGAUUGUCUUUGUAACCUGUGCCGCUGGUAGAUCCGGUCUCCAGAGACUUGCUGCUGUAUAUCCCCGGACCAAAAUUAUCGUCGGAAGGAUUGAGGAGGAGAGGGAGCCGAGAUGGAUGGAGACCAGGUAUCUUGGAUGCUGA